CACAUCCACAGAGGAAGCCUAACCCAGCGGGAGCUCUGAUCAGGCGCAGAGGCUGUCCACUUCAGCUGUGAGAUAAGAGGUCACUGUAUCGUGGGUCAGGAUGAGUGCUGUGCUGCCGUUCAUCUGUAUGUUUCUGGUGCUACAGAUGGUCACACACUGCACAGCGAAUGGACCCGGGAGAGGGAGGCAGCUGUUCUCCAGAAUAUUGGAAAACUCAAAAGUUACGCAUUGUCUGAACGGGGGCACAUCGGUCUCCGCUCUCUUCACAGGACAGCACAUGUGUUGUUUGUGUCCUGAUGGCUUCAGUGGCUCCAGCUGUGAGAUCGAUGACACUGAGUCCUGUAUCGUUGGUAUGGGUCUGCGGUACCGAGGCCCUGUGGCUCAGACGGUGAGUGGGCGAGAAUGUAUGGAAUGGGAUCCGGAAAGCAGCUGGAGUGUGUUUGGUUCAGACAGCAGGACUUUGGGUCUGGGACGACACAACCGCUGCAGAAACCCAAACUACAGCAGGAAGCCCUGGUGCUUCGUACAGGGGAAUUACGGUAGAGUUAAAGAGUACUGCAAUAUUCCACACUGCAGCAGAGGGCCUGGCUGGCGUUGUGGUGCGCGUCCUGCACUGAGGUUCAAGAUCGUGGGCGGCUCUCUGAGCGCAGUGGAGUCUCACCCCUGGAUGGCCACAGUGUUCUGGAGGUCAUCGAGUCAGCACAGAGUGUUCCGCUGUGCUGGGAGCCUCAUCGCCCCCUGCUGGGUUCUCACUGCAGCGCACUGCUUUCCUGACGGUGCUGACACUGAUGUCUGUAGGCUGUGGGUGGUCCUGGGGAAGACCGCCCUGAAUGAAACGGACAAGAGGAAAGAGCAGGAGUUUAGAGUGGUGGAGCUCCACAUGCAUGAAAACUUCGACAACACUGACGGCAGCUUCAACAACGACAUCGCAUUGCUGAGGAUCAGUGGUCCGGAUGGUGCCUGUGCGGUGGAGUCCAACUCGGUGAGGACAGUGUGUGUCGCUGCUCCUGAUUCCACACUUCCAGAUGGAACUUCCUGCGAGAUUGCUGGAUACGGGAAAGAGCAGCAAGGGUUGUGGUAUAACUCUCAGUAUCUCAGAGAGGGGAAAGUUAACCUGCUGCCACAGGAUGUAUGUUCCAGCAAGAGUUACUAUGGCAACGAGAUCACCGAAAACAUGCUGUGUGCUGGAGCACCAGACUGGAGUGUGGACGCCUGUAAGGGGGACUCUGGUGGUCCGUUGGUGUGCAGUGUGAAUGAUAGCCUGUUCCUGUACGGAGUGGUGAGUUGGGGUGAAGGAUGUUCCAGAGAGUUCCGACCUGGAGUUUAUACAAGAGUCUCUAAAUACCACCACUGGAUCCUGCAGAAAACGGGCAAGCUCCCAAACACCGCCACAUCUCAUCACCUGCAGGAGUGA